UGCAAACGAACGUGUCAGUUCGGGAAAGCCGCGUUCUUCUGUUGAGUAAAAAAUUUCACAACAAUUUCAGUGACUAUUUUACACCAAAAAAGUAACAAAAAUGCGUGAUUUGAGCUGUGAUAUUAGAUUUCCAUACAACUGGAAUCGCGAAUUCUACUGCGGAGAACGGCUACAACUGUCGGUUGAGUUUCGGUGCACCAAGACGGUUGAAAUCAGAGGGGUCGAAUUGUGUGUUCACUGCCAGAAUGCUGGACACGAACCGGCCGAUGAGUACGGAAGGUACAUUUAUGAUCAGGACGAAACGGACAACGAUAGCAAACAAGGUAGCACCGGUGUGUCCGAAUUUAAAACCAAUAUAGAUCUUCUUGGUAAUAACGCAGAUCACCCGGUCAGAUUUCUCAGAGGUACUCAAAUAUUUAACGUGAACUGCCGGCUUCCUGACAAGAUUAGCGACCAAUGCUGUAACGAGGAGGAACAGCUUAGUUUAACUGUAAGUGUAAGGAUUAGGAAAAUAGCUAAAACUGAACAACAUGCUUCAGUAAAGUUGAUGCAUGUUAUAGGGAAAAGGCAGACCAGUUUCACAUGGCCUGGUAAUUAUGGAAAUAUCUGUAGUUACUCUAAUGUAGCAGUAGAUAUUAACUCUUUCUAUGUAUCCAACGUUGAUGAAGCAAAUAAUCGUGACAGCUAUGAAGAUGAAGAAUAUUUAGAAAAUGUGCUUGAAGGUUGGCUAGGGUGCAUUCCAAUGCAAGGAGAACCUUUAGAUGAAGAUUGCUUAUCAUCAGAAGAUAUAGGUUGAGAAAUGUAAAUAACCAAACAUUAGGGUUCAAAUUACAGUAAAGGACAGCCAUUAGAAGUGAUGAAUCUGUGAUAGAUUUAUUGACGUUUAGUCAAUUAGCACAAACUCAAAGUUGCAUCAGCUAUCUUAAAAUUAUGCUUCCAAAAAACCAGCAGCCUGAAGAAAUACCAAUAUAGGAAAUUAGAUCUUUGCAAUAAAACCUGAAAUCUUGGAAAGGUUUAACUGUAAUAGAAAUUUGGCAGAAGGUUUGCAAGAAUGAGCAUUUCAGCAAUGCCGUUGUUAUUUUGCUUAUCUUUUGCCAGGAACGUUUUAUCGUUGACUACAUUGGCCAAGGCCUAUUUGGCUUGCUAUCAAAAAAAAAUAAAUACCCGAAUCUCCUGCGAGUAGGGUAUAUCUUGUCAGCCAAAUGACAUACAAAGUAAAAGUUCAGAAAUAUGGUUUAGGAAUCUCAUAACUGUAGUAACAUUCAUUCAUUUCAUUUUCAUUUAUUUAGUUAACAUCUAAACAGAUAACACUGAAUCAACAAUUUGACGCCACAAUGCACGGUUCGAGGCCGCAUCUCUCCAUCCUCGGAUACGCCCCACGCUCGCCAAGUCGUUCUGCACCUGGUCUGCCCAUCUCGCUCGCUGCGCUCCACGCCGUCGCGUACCUGCCGGAUCGGAAGCGAACACCAUCUUUGCAGGGCUGCUGUCCGGCAUUCUUGCAACAUGUCCUGCCCAUCGUACCCUUCCGGCUUUAGCUACCUUCUGGAUACUGGGUUCGCCGUAGAGUUGGGCGAGCUCAUGGUUCAUUCUUCGCCGCCACACACCGUCUUCUUGCACACCGCCAAAGAUGGUCCUAAGCACCCGUCUCUCGAAUAUUCUGAGUGCUUGCAAGUCCUCCUCGAGCAUUGUCCAUGUUUCAUGUCCGUAGAGGACUACCGGUCUUAUUAACGUCUUGUACAUGACACAUUUGGUGCGGUGGCGAAUCUUUUUCGACCGCAGUUUCUUCUGGAGCCCGUAGUAGGCCCGACUUCCACAGAUGAUGCGCCUUCGUAUUUCACGACUAACGUUGUUGUCAGCCGUUAGCAAGGAUCCGAGGUAGACGAAUUCCUCGAC